AUGGAAGACCCCAAUACUGCCACUGAAAGUGCAUACCCUUCCAUGGAAUGGCCAACCUCUUUGGAUAUUCCACUGAAGGCCUCUGAAGAAUUAGUUAGUAUUGACUUGGAAACCGAUUUACCUGAUAGCCCAAGCGAUCUAAGAACUCUUCUAGUAGAAGAAAACUCGGAUAAAGAACAUUGGUUAAGUAUUGCAAUUGCAUACUGCAAUCAAAAUAAAGUUAUUGAAGGUAUUCAAUUGAUAACUAUGGCACUGGAAGUUUUCAGUCAAAGUAGCCAGGCUUCUUUACAUACAUUCUUAACAUGGGCAUAUUUGAAAUUAGCCAAACAGAAUGAAGUCUCAAAUCCAAAAUUGAGGCAAGAAAACUUAUCGAACGCGGAAAAUCAUUUAAAAGAAGCAAUUACAUUAGAUCCUACUUGGGUUGGAAAUAUGUUGGCAACUGUUGAGUUGUACUAUCAAAAAGGUCACUAUGACAAAGCCUUAGAGACUUCUGAUUUGUUCAUGAAGAGUAUUCAGGCAGAAGAUCGUAGAACAGGUAAACAAUCAAAGCUCAAUUGUCUUUUCCUUUUAAUGAGAGCAAAAUUAUUGUAUCAAAAGAAAAACUACACCGCAAGUUUGAAACUCUUUCAAGAAUUGUUGGUGUCAAACCCGGUCCUGAGACCUGAUUCGAGAAUAGGUAUUGGCUUAUGUUUUUGGCAUCUUAAAGAUUAUAAUAUGGCAAUUAAGUCAUGGGAAAGAUCCUUAGAGAUAAACAAUAAAAAUAACGUUGCAUCUAUACUGGUCAUCUUAGGCAACUACCAUAAGUCGUUAACCAACUCUGAAAAUGAUGAACAGUUCAAAGAGAAUUUCACAAAAACAUUGACAGACUUGAAUUCUUUAUUCGUGGAUGGUUCACAUAAUAAAGAAAAUCCUGCACUUCUGACAUUGUUACAAAGUUAUUAUUAUUUUAAAGCUGAUUAUCAAAAAGUUGUGGAUAUUUUUAACACAAAGAUUGGGCCAAAAAAAUCAAGUACAAUAGACUCAAUUUUAUCGGAAUCCACAUUUUGGACCGGUAGGGCAUACUAUGCUUUAAAUGAUUAUCGUAGGGCGUUCUCAUUCUUCCAAGAAAGUUUGAAGAAAAAUGAAGAUAACCUAUUGGCUAGAUUCGGUGUUGGACAAUCACAAAUAAAAACAAAUUUGGUUGAAGAAAGUAUUUUGACUUUCGAGAAUCUAUAUAAGACCAAUGAAAAUAUCCAAGAACUCAAUUACGUUUUAGGACUGCUUUACUCAGCAAAAUGUUUGAACCAUGACAAUGCUACUUCAUCUUCUAUUCCAAAUGACACAGACAAUUACAUUUCAGGUAAAGAACAACAGAAAUUGAUUAAUAAAUCAAUUCAGUAUUUGGAGAAAUAUAUAAAAUUGACCAAAGCCAAAAAGAAUCAACUAGUAGUACCACGUGCAUACCUCGUCAUUUCACAACUAUAUGAGCUACAAAAUAACUACAAGCAAUCUUUGGAAUACCUUACAGAUGCAAUGAGUGAAAUUACUUUUGUUAAUGAAAAGAAUGUAUCACUCGAAGUUUUGAAUAACCUAGCUUGUUUUUAUUUCAUCAACAACGAUUUCGAGAAAGCUAACGAAUACUUUAAAAAGGCGCAAGAAAGAGGCAGUAAUGAUGAAAGCUUGAAAAUCACGCUAGAUUUCAAUAUUGCAAGAACAAUGGAAUCGAUAGGUGAUAUUAAUAAAUCUCGUUCCAUAUACGAAGAUAUCUCAACAAAACAUCCGCACUAUUUAUCGGCAAAAAUCAGAGAUCUUUAUACUAAAUUUGUUAAUGACAAUAUUGAUAUUGAAGAUGAUAUGCUAAAAUUGCAAAAUGAAAAUAAAGGUAACCUUGAAUGCCGUGCAUUUUAUAGUUGGUAUUUGAAAAAUCAAGCAGAUAAAGAUGCCAGUAAAGAGACUGAUCAUAACAAAGACACAUUGGUCAAAUAUGAUUCACACGACCUCUAUGCAUUAAUUUCAUUAGCUAACCUAUAUUGUACAAUCGCUAAAGAUGCGAAGAAACACCCUAACCCUAAGGAACAAGAGAAAUCUAAACACUCAUACCUCAAAGCCAUUCAAUUGUAUCAAAAAGUCUUGCAGGUGGAUCCUUUAAACGUCUUUGCAGCACAAGGUAUUGCAAUCGUAUUUGCUGAAAGUAAACGUCUGGGGGCAGCAUUAGAAAUCUUCAGAAAAGUGAGAGACUCUAUCAACAAUUUCGAUGUUCAUAUUAACUGUGGUAACAGUUUAUUAGAAAUGCAUGAUUAUCCAAAGGCUAUAGAAACAUAUGAGUUUGUUUUAAACAAGUUCAAUAAUACCAGGGAUAAAAAGGCGUACUUAUUGAACCUCUUGGGUAAAGCAUGGUAUUCUAGAGGUAUGAAAGACAAAUCAAUUGGCUUUUUACAAACAUCUUUAAAAAUUACAAAAGAAGCCAUUGUUGAAGAAACAUCUGAAGAGAAUAUGAGAAAAAAUACCAAGUUCCUCAAUACACUGAAAUUUAAUAUAGUUCUAUUGGAAUUCCAAAUUGCCGAAAUGUUUAGAAGAUCACAUGUGAAGGAUCGCACAGUAGCUGCUUUGAAAAAUUCUAUUAAUGGGUUAGAUGAGUCUAUCAAAAUCUUAAACGAAAUAAAGGACUCAAAAGAUUUUACCAUUAUAUCGACCGAAGAAUUAGAGCAACGUAUCCAAUUAGGUGAAACAACUAUGAAAACCGCAUUAGAACGUUGUUUAACUGAACAAAAAGAAUAUGAGACAACUCAAAAUGAGAAAUUAGCUCAGGCACUAAAAUUGAAGAAAGAAAAUGAAGAAAAAGAAAGACAAAGGAUAGCUAAAGAGGAGGAAGAAAAACGUCUGAAAUUGGAGAAACAAAAAGAAGAAUACAAUAGGUUACAAGAUGAAGCUCAAAAACUAAUACAAGAGCGGGAGUCUGCUAUAGUGAAUGAAGAUGAAGUAUCUGAUGAUAAAGAGUUUGAAGGUGGAGGAGAUGGUGCCAAGAAGUCUGAUAAGAUAAAUAAGCGUGCUACUAAUAAAGAAGCUGGUGGUGAAAAGAAGAAAAGGAGAAAAACUAAGAAAACAGUUGGAGAAGGAAGAGAUAAUGAAGAUGAUGACGAAGAGGAAGAAGUUAAAGUUAAAAGUGGCAGAGGGAGGAAAUCUGCAUUAUCUAGUGAAUUCAUUGAAGACUCCGAUGACGAAUUGGGAAUAGAAUCGAAUGCGUCAGAUGAAGAAGAGGAAGCUAAGGUUUCUGACGAAAAUAAUGACGAUGAUGACGGAUUGUUUUAA